AUGGCAACACCUCAAGCUCUUCAUCAUGCCCUCCUUCGACCAUGUAUUUUACAUAUCCUCCGCGCAGCCGGUUAUCACUCAACGCGAUCCUCAGUUCUUGAUACCAUAACCGAUCUAGCUGCUCGUUACAUGUACAUACUCGCACAAUCAACAGCAGCGCAUGCCGAUCUAAACCAUGCGGAUCUCGACAUAACGAUUUCAGAUGUACGAAUGGCCAUGCAAGAUUGCGGAGCUCUUAUGCCAGAGAAAGCAAUAGAAGAACAGGAAUUCUAUGGCGAAGAAGAUAUGAGAGGUGUAGAAGGAUUUAUAGCCUGGGCCAUGGGGGAAGGGAAUAAAGAGAUUAGGAGGAUUGCGUUAGCAGAUGGAGGGGAAGAUUAUCUGACUGCUCUCAAAAAGAAGCACAACACAACCGAUGAGGAUUCACGAUAUCAUGGCACGUUGUUAGGAAGACCUGCCGAACCUCGAAUAGUGAAAGUCGAGGGAGGAGAGAUUACAAGUGUGAAAGAGUGGGCAGAUCGGAUGAAACCAAUACCAAAGCAGAUUGAGGAAACACCUUCCACUAGAGAGGCAUCUUCAGCUCUGAGUUCUGUCGGGGAUCAAGUUAUGGAGAAUAUGGAGUUUUAA